UACUUAGCUCUAGAUUGCAUGAGCCCACGAAAUUGACCGCUAAUAUAUGAUCGAGUUGUUACGUAAAGGAAAAAAAGCGACCAGAAAACGUGAAUUUACGCAGAAGGGGACAGAGCAGCGUUUGACGGAUAUGAUACGGUCAAUUUGCCUGGGAAGGCAGCUGCCUUCUUUUAGAGCUGUAGCAGCCAUAGGCCGGAGGUGGGUUCAUUUUGAUGUCAGCACAAAAGAAGAGAAGAGAGUUGCCGAGACUUUGGCGUCUAAACUUGACGCAUCCUGGGUUCAAGUUAGAGAUAUAUCAGGAGGCUGUGGUGCAAUGUAUGAAGUAUCUGUGGAAGCUGAAGAUUUCAGAGGAAAACGAAUGGUCCAACAGCACAAAAUUGUUAACCAGGCUCUCUCAGAAGAGGUGAAAGCAAUGCAUGGCCUUAGAAUAAGUACUAACAUUCCGGGGGAAAAGAGAAAUUACAUUUCAAGCUGAUAUAUACAUAUAUAUAUAUAGUAUGUUGAUAGUGUACAUUGAAAUGAAAUUCUAUUAGAAUCUACAGAUUUCAUUUAUGUUUUUUAUACUUAAUUGCGGUAUUGUGUCACCUAGAACAGUGCAUACUCUAGCCAAGAAUAUGAUUGUAUGCUGAGGGUAUUGUUAUAGAUAGACUUCAGUCAUCUAAAAGUAAAGUGUACAUUGAGGACAAGUAUGGCUGUGAAUUUAGCUAUUUGACCAAAUAAGAGGGAAGUUUUUAUGCUACAAACAAAAUUUAAAUGUAACUGUUUUUUUGUAAAAUUUGUGAAAUAAAUGAAAAUUUCUGUUA